AUUAGAAAUCAUAUUUAUCUCUUGAGAGGACGAGCGAGUGAGCGACAGAGAGGGAGGGUCAAUUUUGCUCUCUUUCAGUAGUUUAAUACUGAAUGCCGAGAAUGUGCUUUGCUUGUCAUAUACUGUAAAUUAACUUCUACUUCCAGAGACCCGUCUUUUGUUCUACCCUCUCUCCGUUUCUCUCUGUAAAGCGUCUGAUCUUUAUCAAAGAAUAACCAAUUCGAAGUUCUAAUUGCGAGCUAUCACUUCUCCAAGGGAUUUUGGUGGGUGACAACCGAAUUGAGGACCUCAAAUCUAUUCCAUACAUCAGCUCCAGUACGCAUGGAUCAGAAUGCUAAUAUUGAGGAGGGAAAGGGUUUGAGAAAUGCCCUUGAAUUGGUGAAAUCAGCUUCCGAUAAGCAUCUUGAUCUCUUGAGGCCAUCCGCUCGAUAUUUUUCAAUGUUUAAAGGGCAAGCAACAGACACUGCAGACCGUGAAAAAGGCAAGUAUACUCUCAUCAGAGAUCCAGAGGACUUCCAAGUGGGGAUCUAUGACAAACCCCUGCCAUGUUUUGGCUGUGGAAUAGGAUGGUUUUCUUUUCUGUUAGGAUUUGUGUUCCCACUGAUGUGGUACUAUGCCACAAUUCUAUAUUUUGGCAACUAUUACCACAAGGAUCCUAGGGAACGAGCAGGCCUUGCGGCUUCUGCAAUUUGUGCAAUGGUGUGUUCUGUUGUGUUGUUGAUCAUAAUUUUGGUUCUUCUAUUCUAGCUCCGAUCAGCCAAUUCGGAGGACUUCUUUGGACUUUACAAACAUCCAAAAAGAGAUGUUGGAUGGGAAGUACCAUGUAUUUGUGUAGAUAUGAAAUUUAACAGCAAAAUCGAAGAAAAAAAUAGUUCUCCCUAUGGUCUGCCAAUCCAAGAUAAGAGUCUAUCUGUGAGGAAAAACCAAACUAUCCCAACGUAUGGAGGGAUGAGAAUUGCAGGGUUAUUUUGUUUGACACCAUAAUUGUAUACAAGGAUUUUUUUUUUGAUAACCUUAAUAUAAGCAGAGAAUUUGAGGCUUCAA